AUGGCCGAAAGCCAAACUCACACAGCCCGCGAGUGUUCGCUUUCCUCCUGUUCAUGUGCACUCCGCUAACAAAUCACAGAGAUCCUGGGGCUGUGGCAUUCAUUCCGCUAUCCGUUGCUGUUCCUUGGAGUGGCUGGAGUCUUGGUUCUAAAGCUUCGGUCGUACGUUCGGAACUCUGAGCAACGUGAGAGCAAGGGCUUAACGCCGUUGAAACCAACGACAUGGUUUGAGGUUCCAGUGAAGGCUGAGUCUGACCCGGCGGUUAAAAGGCACCAUGCUCCAAGGCGGGUGGUUGGGAAGAAAGAUGGUUUCAAGCCAAAGAAUGGAGGGAAGGUAGCGUCAGAGGUCGAAGAGGGAGAGUUCGACAUUCAGACUCUGAUUUUUUAUUCCACACUUACGGGGUCCACUCAGCGGUGUGCAGAGGCAUUGAGAACCCGACUAUUUAGUGUUAAGGGGGAGAGCAUUUAUCCAACCCUUUCAAUUCCCACACCGUCCAAUUCGCUUGGCUCGGUCCCUAUUCGAAGGAGUUUCUUACCACCGACUGUAUACAACCUCGAAGAGGUGGAACUGGACGACUUCUUCAUCACGCCACCGGGCGGGAAUGGAAAGAGAGUGAAAUACGUCUACCUCCUGUUGCUACCUACGUAUGAAACAGACUCUCCCAUACGUCCCUUUCUGGAGCACUUACGGGAGACCCACCACGACUUCCGCAUCGACACUGCCCCUCUUCGUUCGCUUGCUGGGUUCUCGGUGUUUGGCUUUGGCGACUCGUCAGAAUGGCCAGCAGAGGAAGGCAAAUUCUGCAAAGACGCGGUUGAGGUGGAUAAAUGGAUGGGGAAAUUGACAGGAGGAAAGGGAGGAACAAGGAGAAUGUUCCCUGUUGGCAUGGGAGAUGUAAACCCAGCUGCAGGACUUGAUAGCGCGGAGGAAAGCUUGGACGAAUGGAGAGUCCAUCUAGAAGAUGCUAUGCGAGAAUAUGCUGUGACUGGGACUCUGGGUGAUUCCGCCGAUUGGCGGACCGCAAUUGAGUCUGGGGACGAAGAUUCUGAUUUUGAGAUUGUCGAUCCCGCAGAUGAUAUGGUCGAUGUUGAAGAUCUCGGAAAUGUAAUUCGAAAGAGCCCAGCUAUUACUAAGAAUGACGGUGCGACAAAGAAAAGGGCUGUCCUACCCGUGGAUUUUACCACGCCGGCAGGAAGGAAGGCUUUGGAGGCUGGAGAAGGACAGAGUGCGGACCGUAAAGAGAUGGUACCAAAGGGGGGUGUUACAUAUGAAGCACUGACCAAACAAGGCUACACCAUUGUUGGUUCCCACUCGGGGGUGAAGAUCUGUCGAUGGACUAAAUCAGCCCUAAGGGGGCGAGGAAGUUGUUAUAAAUUUUCUUUCUAUGGAAUCAAGUCGCAUCUUUGCAUGGAAACUACACCAUCCCUAUCAUGUUCAAACAAGUGUGUGUUCUGCUGGCGGCACGGGACAAAUCCUGUUGGUACUACCUGGAGAUGGAAAGUAGAUCCACCAGAAGAGAUUUUCAAAGGUGUCGUUGAGGGCCAUUACCGCAAAAUAAAAAUGAUGAAAGGAGUUCCGGGGGUUCGGGCAGAUAGGUUCAGCGAGGCCUUCAAAAUCAGGCACUGUGCAUUGAGCCUAGUCGGCGAACCUAUCUUCUACCCAUAUGCAGGUUUCCAUAACUCUCUUCAGAAGUUUCGUACUGACGGGUUUUCUUUAGAUCAAUGAAUUCCUCCACCUCCUCCACUCCAGUAAAAUAUCAUCCUUCCUCGUAUGCAAUGCCCAGCACCCGGCCCAGCUCGCAGCGCUCGGCCACGUAACCCAACUUUAUGUCUCAAUAGACGCUUCCAACAAAGACAGUCUGAAGAAAAUCGACCGUCCGCUCCACCGUGACUUCUGGGAGCGAUUUCAACAAUGUCUCGACAUCCUCCGCGAGAAGCGCAACCAACACAGGACGGUCUUCAGACUUACCCUAGUGAAGGGCUUCAACAUCGAAGACGAAGUGCAAGGCUACGCAGACCUAGUCGAGAAGGGGCUGCCCUGCUUCGUUGAGGUCAAGGGAGUGACUUAUUGUGGAACUUCAACAGCCGGAGAAGCAGGCCUAACCAUGAAGAACGUACCCUUUUACGAAGAAGUCGUAUCCUUCGUCGAAGCGCUUAAUGCAGAACUUGGCAAGCGCGGGCUGGGGUAUGGCAUUGCAGCUGAGCAUGCUCACAGGUUUGUUCCCCCUUCCCUUGCUUAAUCAUUUACUGGUGCCAUAAGUUGGUAAUAUGUAUGCAGUUGCUGCGCUUUAAUCGCCUCAAACCGCUUCCUUGUCAACGGGAAAUGGCAUACACUCAUCGACUACGCCAAGUUCUUUGAGCUGCUUGAGAGUGGAAAGGAGUUUGGCCCAGAGGAUUAUAUUGGCGAGGCCACGCCGGAGUGGGCUAAUUGGGGGAACGGGGGGUUCGACCCGGCGGAUCAGAGGGUCUAUAGGAAAGGGAAGGGGCCCAAGGAGGAGGUUGAGGAGAGUGGUGGGUGCGGGUAGUGUGUGAUAGUGGGGGUGGUAGAUGUACAGAUGGUGGUUUCCAGCGAAUCUGGAGCCGAGUUACUCGUAGAUAUAAAAUCAUUGGGGGAUCUGCGCGGGCGCGUGUACGAUACAUCGACCAAUUCACAGCCCAGGUUUUGAGUUUUGGAUAUUCACCUUUGAUAUAAUGUUGAGGGAGAAAAGACCAUAGGCAAUUAAAAUUUAGUAGUAGCAUCAUUGAGACAUGCCCCAAAUAAGAAGAAUCGUGAGGUCCAAAGGCAAGAGGGCAAAGAUAUCGGACGCCUUUCUCACUAAAUAUACUCGAGUACUUACCAAGUAGUAAAUCAGCCCCCUCCCCCCAGUCCAAACACCAUCCAUCCAUCCACAAGCGCCUACGUCCCAAAUCAAUCAUCAGCCCAUAAAACAGACGAAAAUCCACUCCCCCUGAUGCCAAAUGAAAUCGCAAUCCAUCAGAAGGUCUCCAAGUUCAUUCAACACAAUUUUCAGCCUGCAUGUACGCAUGUACUCAAAACUUUCCUCUCAUCACAGGAUUUCUCCCCUCCCUCAAGCCAGCCUAUCCUAUAAACCAGCAGGGAAUAAUAGCGAAUCGAGAUACAUACAUUAGAUCCACAUACGCACGUCGCUACCGCCACCACCACCACCGCCACUAGCGGUAAGCAUCACCGGCGCCGGCGAUCGACUUGGAAAAUUCUGUCAACGCGCCAGCGUUGGUAACCUUAAACAAACUAGGUCAGCCCACCUCCCAAUGCAAUGAUGUAAAGUAUAGAGAGAGGGAGAAGGGGUGGGGAUCAGAAGGUGGUGAUGCAAGACUUUGUCCACAAGCUUUCGCGUUCGGAACAGGUCUGUUGUUGCGGGAUCAUCAUGUGUGGACUCCCAUGCGAUCGCAUGGAGGAGGGGGAUUGCGGGGUGGACUGUACUGUACUGUACGUACUAGGUUUUUAUUGUAUCAUACUCGUAGGAGUUAUUGGGCUGGUGGG